AAAGUAGGGAGACCAAAAAUUAAACAGAGUAUAGAAUUAAAAAUUGAAGGAACUUUAAGGUGUGACACUAGAAAUAGUAAUUUUUAAUCUAAUUUAAGUUAGACAAUGUAUUUGCAUCAAGUUCAUUGUGAAUAGAGUUUGUUAAGAACAAGAGUAUGAAAAUAGUAUUAAUUAUGUUUUAAUAUAAUUUUAAAUUGAAAACUUUGUAGAAUUUAUAUAACAGAAUCCAAAAACAACUUUUCUAAACAAAAGUUUGAAGAUUACACCAAAUCUAAAACAUAAAACAGAAUGUAAAUGAUGUAUCAAAGUCGUCUCCAGCGAAAGCUAAAUUUUUGGGAAGAUCCAUAAAAAGAUGAUGAUAGUAAUGAUAAAGAUGAUGAUGGUGAUAAAUGUUAGGGGUAAAGAGAGAUUUUUUUGGGUUUCAAACGGGAAACGCGACCAAUGAACUACAGCGGAGAAGGGGAAGGUGAGAAAGAUAAGGGUGAUUUACAUUUGUCAAAUCUUCUUCAACGACAAAUCAACAAUCAAAACUAACCAUUUCCAAAUCUAACCCUCCAAAUUUCCAUCACCCAUCACCGCCAUUUCUCAUUUUUCUGUUCCUUUUCCUCAAUCAAUUGCUUCACCAACUGAAAGUGCUCAUUUUUUGAGAAAGAACCAUCAACCUUCCAAAUCCCAGUUUCCAUCCAUGGCGGGAUCUCAUCUGGGUCUAAUCUUUUUCACCUUCUUCGUCUUCUUGACCUCUAUUCCUUCGCUUUCUGCAGCAGGAUCUGAUGCUCCCACUGUCUAUGAUGUUCUCCCCAAAUAUGGCCUUCCCAGUGGCCUUUUACCUGACUCCGUCCUCGACUACACUCUCUCCUCUGAUGGUCAAUUUGUCGUUCAUUUGGCCAAACCUUGUUACAUCCAUUUCGAUUACUUGGUUUAUUACCAUAAAACCAUUACUGGGAAGCUCGAAUAUGGGUCCAUCACUGAUCUCGACGGUAUCGAGGUUCAGAAGUUGUUUCUCUGGUUCGAUGUGAAGGAAAUCAGAGUUGAUUUGCCGCCUUCUGAUAAUAUCUACUUCCAAGUUGGGUUUAUCAACAAGAAGCUCGACAUCGAUCAAUUUAAGACUAUCCACUCAUGUCAGGAUAAUGCUUUGGCCACUUCUCUUGGCUCCUGGAAACGGAUUCUUGAGCUCCCGCCGCCGAUAGGUGACAUCCAGAUGCUAAUCACCGAGUAGCUCGUCUUCACAUGUCCAAGUUCUUGAAGUUCUUCUUGCUGCAUUAUCGAAAUGAGCAGAAGAAGAAAUUUAGGAGUUUUUAGGUAUAUGGUCUCAGUUUAGACACCAAAAUGCCAAACGUCUAUCUUGGAAGACCUAUGAUAUGAUUGUUAAUAUUUGAUGUGUCUUUCAGUUUCAUCCUCAAAAAGAAAUGCCCAAAACAUUGGCAUUUGAGGUUUCUUAUAAACUCAAUGCAUAUGAAUGAAACGGUAUAUUAAAUAGUAUGAGUUUGUCAUCUUUUAUUCGA